AUGCGACUUCGAAAAUGGUUUCAAUUCUACAACGAGAAGCAGAAAACAAACUUGUCCACAGAUUUGUCUACCAUAAUAUUGGGAAGGAAGAGAUCAAUGUGUAAUGUUCUCGAAUAUGGAGAACACAAGGUUAUAUACAAAAGAUAUGCAAGUCUAUACUUUGCAGCCGGCGUCGAUUGGGAUGAAAAUGAACUAUAUGUGUUGGAGGUUAUUCAUCGUUAUGUUCAAGUGUUGGAUGAGUACUUUGGAAAUGUGUGCGAACUAGAUAUUAUCUACAACUUUGAAAAGGCUUAUCAAGUCCUCGAUGAAUUAAUGAUCGGUGGUGAAUUGCAAGAACCGAGCAAGAAGGCUGUUGUUCGCCACGUACUUGCAUUUGAGAGACACUGUGAAUUAGAUGCUGUAACGCGGAAUUUACGUCAAGCAGACUUUUAA